CAACGCUUGCCUGAUACCAUGUCUCUGCGACUUUCCAGCGGAUCCAGGAGGUCCGGUACCCGCCCCAGUGCGGGAUCGCUCAGGCUCUCAAGCGGGGCAGCCAGCUAUGGGGCUAGCAACACUUGCGGCGUCCCUGGAAUUGGAAGCGGCUUCUCCUGUGCCUUUGGCAGCAGCUCCCUGGGGGGAAAUGCCGGGGCAGGCAGCUCCUGUGCCAGCUUCGCCCUGAAUGAGGGUGGCCUCCUCUCAGGCAAUGAGAAGGUGACCAUGCAGAACCUCAACGACCGCCUGGCCUCCUACCUGGACAACGUGCGAGCCCUAGAGGAGGCCAACGCUGAGCUGGAGGUGAAGAUCAAGGGCUGGUAUGAGAAGUAUGGGCCUGGUUCCUGCCGUGGUCUGGAUCAUGACUACAGCAGAUACCUCCCAAUCAUCGAUGACCUUAAAGCCCAGAUCAUCGCUGCCACCACCAGCAAUGCCAAUGCCGUGCUGCAGAUCGACAAUGCCCGGCUUACGGCUGACGACUUCAGACUCAAGUAUGAAAAUGAGCUGGCUCUGCACCAGAGCGUGGAGGCGGAUGUCAACGGGCUGCGGAGGGUCCUGGAUGAGAUCACCCUGUGCAGAACUGACCUGGAGAUUCAGUAUGAAACCCUCAGCGAGGAGAUGACCUACCUCAAGAAGAACCACAAGGAGGAAAUGCAAGUUCUGCAGUGCGCCGCUGGAGGCAACGUGAACGUGGAGAUGAACGCGGCCCCCGGCGUGGACCUCACCUUGCUGCUGAACAACAUGCGCUCCGAGUACGAAGCCCUGGCCGAGCAGAACCGCAGAGACGCCGAGGCCUGGUUCAAUGAGAAGAGCGCAUCGCUGCAGCAGCAGAUCUCUGAGGACGUGGGCGCCACGACCUCAGCACGCAACGAGCUGACGGAGAUGAAACGGACCCUGCAGACCCUGGAGAUCGAGCUGCAGUCUCUCCUGGCCACGAAACAUUCGCUGGAGUGCUCCCUGACGGAGACGGAGGGCAACUACUGCACACAGCUCGCACAGAUCCAGGCGCAGAUCGGGGCCCUGGAGGAGCAGCUGCACCAGGUCCGCACUGAGACCGAGGGCCAGAAACUCGAGUACGAGCAGCUCCUGGACGUCAAGGUCCACCUGGAGAAGGAAAUUGACACCUACUGCCUCCUCAUCGGAGGAGAUGAAGGAGCUUGUAAAUCUGGGAGUUACAAGUCUAAAGAUUAUGGCUCCGGAAAUGUGGUAAAUCAAAUCAAAGAUUCGACAAAAGCCAUUGUGGUGAAGAAAGUUCUGGAAGAGGUAGAUCAACGCAGCAAGAUUCUUACCACCCGGCUCCACUCACUGGAGGAGAAAUCUCCAAGCAAUUAA